GGCGCUUUGCAGACUAAGCGGCAUUGCUUGGGUCGAGGGCUGCCGGGCUAAUCCUGUAGCCGUAGGCUAAACGCGGCUGGAAACUCCGAUGACUCACAGUGGCUUAAAAAUGAGUUUUGUUGCAAAUGCAAACGCAAACAUUCCCUCUUGGUGAGCCGGGCACGUUCUGAGUUGCUAGGACCUGUUGGCGUAAUGUGUGGUUUGCACCCAUUAUCUGGCUUCAGAGAACUUUCCUGCAACAGGUCCAGGCUGGAAGGUCAGCGUACCAUCCGCAGGGCUUGGAACCCAGCAUGCCUGAUGUAGUUAGUCGGUGCUAGAAAGGUGCUUGUGGUAGAGUUGCCAACAGUCCUAUUACAAGGGAUGGCCCUUAUUUCUUCAUCUCUGUGUACAACGAGAUCAGGACUUGCUGAGUGCUGCAAAAAGCAGCAAGAAAUACUUUUGGCAAGUGUCGGUGACCAGCUUGAAUCCAGCCCAGGUCAAUGAUGACUGAAAGCUGUUGCCAUCCAGAAUUAAUGGGGGAGGAGAGGUGAAUUGGCCCGCUUCUCCGUGGAAAGUUCACAUUACAGAAAACACCAUAAUAAUUGGGUCUGACAGAAGUUGAGCUUCCUCCUUGGAGCCGGGUGCAACGAUCUGCCUGCAGAGAACAAUGGCCACAGAAGAGCAGCACUGGCCAGUCCCAAUGAAGGCAAUUGGAGCACAGAACCUACUGACAAUGCCUGGGGGAGUUACUAAGUCAGGAUACCUGCACAAAAAAGGAGGCACCCAGCUGCAGAUCUUAAAAUGGCCACUGAGAUUUGUGAUUAUCCAUGAGGGAUGUAUUUACUACUUUAAGACUAGCACAUCUGCAUCUCCACAGGGUGCUUUCUCUUUAAAUGGUUAUAACAGGGUUAUGCGGGCAGCGGAGGAGACAACAUCAAACAACGUGUUUCCUUUCAAAUUAGUUCAUAUUAGCAAGAAGCACAGGACCUGGUUUUUUUCUGCCUCUUCUGAAGAUGAAAGAAAGAACUGGAUGGUCUCACUGAGGCGUGAAAUAGAUUAUUACCAUGACAAGAAGGAAACAGUAACAGAUUUAAGUGACUCUGGUUCUGAUGCAGACAGUUUCUAUGGCUCAGUAGAACGCCCCAUAAAUAUCAACUAUUCUCAUUCAACAGAAAAUGAAGAUUAUGACCAGGAAGAAGAUGAGGAAUCUUACUUACAGCCUGAUUCUACGGAUUUAGUUAGACCAGAUGAUAACAUGAUCCUCCCACCAGCGUACCCGCCACCUCCAGUGCCUCACAUCAGAAAAGUUGCCAAUGUAGAGACAAGGAUGCACUCCUUCACAGGCCAGCCCACAGGGCCUAUGCUUCCUCCACCACCUCCUAAAAGAAGCUUACCUGAUAUAAAACCAGAGGACCUCUUAAAUAUAAGAGGAGAAUCCCAGUUUCACUGCAGAACCGAAUCAAAUCUAAAAAUACAGCCAUCAAGCCGUAGAGUAAGUGACGUACCACCGCCGGUUCCCCCUGUGCCUCAUCUCAAAAAUCCUGCCUGUGUCAAAGAGAGCUGCUUGCCAUCAGCAGAGAUUCUACCUCUAGCCCGCAUUUUAACGGCCAGUGAAGGAUGUGAGAGGCUAAAACAAUUGAACCUUUCCGCACGGGGCCCACCUCCGUUACCAAGGAACAAACCCAAGCUAUCAGAAUUAACAGAGAAGCCAGUGGAGGCCAAAGUGCCAAAAGAACGCAGCAAACCUGGGAUGUUUAUUCCUCAAGUGCCAGUGGAGACCAGAGCACCAAAAGAAUAUGGCAAACCUGGACUGUUCGUGCCACAAGUGCUGCCUAAACCGCCUGUGCCUGUAUUCAAAUCUAGAUCAGAGAAGUCUUUGCUUUCCCAGUUACAGAGAUCACCACCAGAUGGGCAGAGUUUCCGAAGCUUCUCAUUUGAGAAACCAGCAUUACCUUCAAAGCAAAACAAGUCUGGUGAAGAUUCAGAUGAAGAUUAUGAAAAAGUUGAGCUGCCUAAUUCAGUAUUUGUCCAGACCUAUGAAUCCAUUGAAGUAGAAAGGAUGUUCAAAUCUGCCACCCCAAGAGGACAUCCACAAAAUGGAUUAUACUGUAUUAGGAAUUCAUCUACCAAGCCUGGAAAGGUAUUAGUUGUAUGGGAUGAAUCCGCUGAGAAAGUGAGAAACUACAGAAUCUUUGAAAAGGAUUCACAGUUUUACUUGGACUCAGAAACCAUGUUCUGGAACAUUGGAAGUUUGGUUGAAUACUAUGGCACUCAUGUCUUACCCAGCCAUGACAGCUUGAUUCUCAAAUGUCCUUAUGGUUACUGUGGACCAAGGUGACAUGGCCUGCAAAAUUAACUGACUGUAAGAUCAAACACACUGUGGAAAAAUAGGCACUUAGAGGGAUGGUAGUUUUUUUCCCAAAAUUAAAUAGGAAUUCCCGUGCCACUGGGUUUGAUUUCCUGAACUUUGCACACAGAGACUGUUUCUGCCAUUUGUUCUCCCACUGCCUACAGACUUGCAUUUAAGUAUCUCGUUGAUAAGCCCUUCCAAACCAGACUUCUGGAUUUCAGACCCUCAUUACAGCUCUUCCUGUGAAAAAGGGCUGAUCUGGCUAUGCUGUGAAAGGUAUUUACAAGACGUGCCUUUGAGGAGCUGCUGCUGCUACUUUCUUAAUCAUGUGGAUGUGAAGUUGGAGGAAGGACCUGGCCAAAGAGGUGUUGUGGACAAAACUAUUAGGAAAGGAGAACUUUUGAAAGAACAGCACUGUCCAUUUGUGACAGAGAAUACUAAUUUUCUGAUUCGUAUUGCUCAUUGAGUCAGUACUGGUGCUUGACUGAGAUUUUGUAAUAGUUUAUAAUUAAUCUGUAAAUAACAAGGAUGCUUAUGGCAAUGUGGUUGAUUCAAUGUGGAUAUAGGAAAUCAAGGAAGUGGACCUUGUAAGCCAUGUCUUGCAGAAGGCCCAUCUCUAACUCCUGCAAUCAGCCUCCCAGUGCCUGCAAUGGUAUGCUCAGCUCUAAUGGUGGGUGUGGAGUUUUACAUAUUGCUUACUGAUAAUCUCUCUGGACAAUUGUGGACUAGUAUUAAGUUUGCUCCAUCAGAAACUCCAUUCAUAAGUUCUCAGUCAGAAAGAUAGUUGCCAUAAAACAACUUUUUCACGUAAGUAUGAAAGAAAAAAGGAGGGUAUAGGCUGAAGUGGAGAAUAAUCUGGAGAGUAACCCAGAUUGAGAUUCAGACUUCUCCCAUAUCACCGCUAUCAAAGGCAAUAGGAAGGAUGAUAAAUAAUAUAUAAAACUUCUAUUAAAUCACUUGGAUGAAAUUGUCAGCACAUCAAAUUCAAUAUAUGUAGAGCACACUGGUCCCAUUAUACAUUGUGUAGAUCACAAAUUGUUCUUUCUGUUGGUUUAACAAGUCUAUUCAGUUUGGAGUCCUUGUAUAAAAUAAAGUACUAUAUUACAAAUCAUUCCAAACCUACUAUUCUCACUUCCUGUCAACUAUGAUAAAACUGCAGCAUUAACAAACCUUUAACUGUAGGUGCGUGUAACUCUUGUUGACAUAUAUUUCUGUAGGAAAAUCCUAAAGCCAUGGUGUUAAUAGGAAGAGCGUCAUUUCCACUUAGCUGACUUUUCCAGUGUUGUUUAACGGGGAGGGAGGGGAAAAAAUACCCUACUUUAAUGUCCUGUGUUUCUUAAUUUUUGUGUCUCAAGAGUACUGUAAUGGUAACAUUAUGAUGAGCUCAAACUCCAUAGAAGGAGACUAGAACUGAUCCAAGUUUGUAUGAUAACGUUUCUGAAUCCAGAUUGGUGAAUAAUCUCACCUGCUGUUGGCUUUUAUAUCUUUAUGCACACCAGGUUUUAUUUCUGACACUAUGUGAUCUUUGAACUGGAUUUGGAGCCAGAAUCCUUGGGUUCAGCUCCCAGCUUUUGAUACAGUAUAUGGUUUUAGGCAAGUCACUUAAUCUCUGUGCCCACCUUAAAGGACUGUUGUGAGUAUAAACUAAGGCUUAUAUGGUGCUUGGAAAAUGUAAAGCACUAUGCAAGUGUUUAACAUUAUCUUUUAAUAGGUUAAUAUUUGUGAAGUUUUAAUGGGCAUCCUCUGGGUUUCUCUGCUUCUCCUCUAAUAUGAAGAGCUGAAUGUGAAGCUGUCAAUCAAGUGUCUGCAAAAAGUAAUUAGAGCUGCUUCUACUCUAUGUGGAAAGAACUAGCGUGAGAGAGGAUUGCUCAGAGGUCACCCAGAAAAUGUUUUACUUUCAACCUCUGCUUUUUUUCUUUUAACAGAUUUUAAUUGGAUGAAUUCUGCCCUGUCUGAAAACAACUGACUAGGUCAUAUCAGACCAUUGACACUUACAAUAUACUGUCUUGAAGGGAGCAGUUGGUUCAGAUAUAGAAUUAUACCAGCAUUUUGUUUAUUUCCUCCUACAACUAAUAUUAUUCAUCUCGAGUGCCUUAAACUGCAAAAGUACUUGGAUAACCCAGUAUAGUAAAACUACAUAACACUGUCUUGUGUAAUAUGUGAAAUUUGCACACAUGUAAAUAUUAAUUUUCUAUGAAUUACUGUCAAUUUCCUUGUGAUAAACCUAUGAAUGUAUACAUUUAUGAGGUAAAUAAAUUUUUAAGAAUA